ACCGUGACAGGCACUCAGGUGACCUACGUUACACAUGGCUGCGGUAAUAAAGCGUAGUGCCGUACGGAUGUCUUAGAAAUCUGUUUUUUGGUUAGUGAGGUGGAGAGUCUGUUCUUAAUUAUAUCAUGUAUAGCGUUGCCAGGACAACGUGUCAGCGACUCUCUGCUCCUGUGAAACCCCGCAACGCGACACUUGCGAGCCGCGGGGUGUGUUCCAGUGCACAGAGACUCCAGGAGGCUGCAGAGAGCCCUGCCAGCACCGCUCCAGCUAAGACAUCAAGAGAGUUCAGUGUUUUCCCUCCACUCCCCGGACAGGAGAGCCUGCUGCGAUGGGGUGGUAAGAAGUAUGAGGAGCUGCCCAUAGCGCACAUUAAAGCAACCUACAACAACACACACAUUCAGGUGACAGACCACCUGGGACAGUACAUGGUCAGGACCUCCUGUGGCACAGAGGGGUUCAAAAACGUCAAGAAAGGCACUCCGGUCGCUGCUCAGACUGCAGGGAUAUCCGCUGCCGCGAAGGCGCUGGUUAAAGGUGUGUCCUUCGUGCGUGUGGUGGUGAAGGGUCUAGGGCCAGGACGGAUGUCUUCCAUCAAAGGUUUAACAAUGGGCGGGCUGGAGGUCGUGUCCAUCACAGACAACACCCCCAUUCCGCACAACGGCUGCCGCCCACGCAAGGCUCGAAGGAUGUGAGGCGGCGAGAGAGAGAGAGAGCAUUUGUUCUUGGUCCUCUCAACAAUGCACAUGGACUUCAUUAACCAUGCAGCCCUGUUCAUAAUCAUAGAAUAAAGAUUUCAGUUUUUUUUUUUCUAACCUCCUUGGCUUUCUGUUGGUUAUGUGGAUAGUGGGACAGGUUUGUGCGUGUGUGUGUGGACCGAUCACACCUACACCUCUUGUUCAAGCCUGCUCAUUACAAUGGAAAUAACCCCCCAAAUAACAAUCUACGAUGCAAACUGAAAAAGCACAAGAUUUUAUUAAUUAUGUUUCUAUCAUCAAAAGGUGAAAACAUUGCCUGAUACAUUGAUUUAAGAAAUCUGUAUUUUUACCUGCUGCAUAUCUCUAAUCAGGUCAGGGUUCUGGAGGUGUUUCUGUUAAGGGUGACAUGCAUGAAGUUUAUAAAACAAGGGCACUGUGGCCUACAGAGAAUUCAAUUCUGACGACUGCAGGGCUACCCAGGCCUGUACUCCUAGGCAUGGGAGGCAAGGGUUGAGGAUAGAAUAAAAAAUAAAUAAAUAAAUAAAACAUGUCUUUGUUUAAUGUAAUCAAUGUAACCCCAUCUCCUGUUCGCUUCCAAGAGAAGAUAAGGAAAAAAUAAAACAUAUCCAUUUAGGACUGGUGCCCUUUCUCAGGAUUACAUCAGGUACUUUGUUGCCAUGACAACAGCAAUUAGCAGGAACUGAGUUUCCAGGCAGGCUGUGGAUAUAGUAACCAUGACAACCUAGGUCAGGCCAGCACUGUACAUCUGCCUUUGCACUAGCCACUUCACAAAGCAGCAGCAGUGUUGUGGGGAGGGGGCUGAUGCGAUCAGAUACACUGAUUAAACACAAGCAUAUGCUUUGCAUUGCAUUUGCGGGCUGGGUGUUGUUUUCUGGCUUGAUAUAAAUCACGUUCAGUCAUGGAGCAAAUAUGCCACAGGUUAAAACACUUACCAAAAACCCUUCACACCGUUUCCACACAGGAGAAGGUCUACUCGCCCGCUUACUUAGAUAUUGCACUUUGGGGGUAUGAUGCUAAGCACAAGAAAUGUUACAAA